CACGCGCACAAAGUGAGAGUGAGCGAGUGAGAGUGAGCGAGAGUGCGCGAGAGCGUCUGCAGGCCCCUGCAGUGAGAGCGGCGCAUCUGGAAGAGAGCUGGCCGGCUGGGGAGGAGGAGGACGGGGAGAGAGAGAGGAAGGAGGCUCCGGGAGCAAGCGAGACAAAAAGGGUCAGGCCUGGGACUCUGGAGAAAACCGGGAGAGCGGAGGGAAGAGGGAUCAUCUCACCUUUUUAUUUUCGUUCCUUUGACUUAUUUUUGUAAACCUGACCCCCCAACUACAACCAUCCACAGCCCUUCUCCAACACCACAGCCAUACCAUCAGAAGCUAACCACAAGCCCAUAAGACUCUCAAUGAUGCCGUCCAACGCCGUCACCAACGCCAGCUCUGCUGCUUUCAAAGGCUCUGACUUCACGGACACACAUGGAAACAGAAUGGGUGAAAGCACAAUACUGGACAUAGACAUGGUGCCAGAGGAAAAGUCAGGAAAAUUUGCCAAGCCUGGAAGAAAACGCAAGCACUUUCCAGUCCAGAGCUGCGGCUCAUUCAGAGACGGUCUUGCCAACAGCUACACCGGAGCCGGGAGGCCGUCCAUGGCACUGCUCCACAACGGAGAUGUGGGCGGGCACAGGGACAGGACGUCCGACGCCUGCUUCCCCAAACAGGAGAAGAGGGAAGUGGAGAACGGGAUUCCCAGAGGCUCUUCCUCCUCCUCAUGCCGAGCUGCUGAGGACGGCUCCCAGGGUCAGAGCCUGAGCCCCUCCCAGGAAAACGGAUUCCUGUCCAGUCGGGGAGAGUUGGAGUCGGAGAAAGACAAGGACGAAGACAGCCUGAUGACGCCGCGCAAGAAAAGAGGCAGGCGGAAACUGGAACGCCCGACCAAAUAUGUGGAGCACAAGGAGGAGGAGGGAGGGGACGUAGUCAAGACCGAGGGAGGUCGAGGCAGGCUGCGAAGGGGAGUUGGUUGGGAGAUCAGCCUUCGUCAGAGGCCCAUGCCCAGAAUAACCUUCCAAGCUGGUGACCCCUAUUACAUUAGCAAGCGGACCAGAGAAGAGUGGUUGGCCAAGUGGAAGAUGGAGGCAGAGAAGAAGGCCAAACUGAUGUCAGCCAUGAACACCAUGAAGGACCAUGAAGACAUGGACACAGACACACAGAAAGAAGAGGAUUUCAUAUUAACACACCCACAGCCUUGUAAACUUCAGCAGCAGCAGCAGCAGCAGCAGCCUCACACUCAGCCUCAGUAUCAGCAACAAUCACAGCUGCUGCUGCCACAACAACACAAACAACAACAGCAGCAGCCACCGCAGCAUCAGCAACAACUGCCUCCUCGCCUGCAGCAGCAGCAACAACAACAACAGCAGCAGCAACAACAACAACAACAACAGCAGCAUCAGCAACAGCAUCAGCAACAGCCUACUGACCCAGCUUCUCCAACUGUUGCUACGACACCGGAACCUGUCGCCAUCUUAGGGGGAGACAAGACCUGCCCUAAGUCUGCAGACGCUGAGGCGGAAUACGAGGACGGUCGAGGUUUUGGCAUCGGAGAGUUGGUUUGGGGCAAGCUGCGAGGGUUCUCCUGGUGGCCAGGCCGCAUCGUAUCCUGGUGGAUGACGGGACGGAGCAGGGCUGCCGAGGGAACCAGAUGGGUCAUGUGGUUUGGAGACGGAAAAUUCUCAGUGGUGUGUGUCGAGAAACUUUUGCCUUUAAGUUCCUUCAGCAAUGCCUUUCACCAGCCCACCUACAACAAGCAGCCCAUGUAUAAAAAAGCCAUCUACGAAGUUCUACAGGCGGCCAGCAGCCGGGCCGGAAAAGUCUUCAUGGCCUGUCCUGACAGUGACGAGACAGAAACCUCCAAAUCAGUAGAAAUGCUCAACAAGCAGAUGAUUGACUGGGCCAUGACGGGAUUUCAACCCACUGGACCAAAGGCCUUGGAGCCACCAGAGGAGGAACGUAACCCAUACAAAGAGGUCUACCCCGAGAUGUGGGUGGAGCCAGAAGCAGCAGCGUACACGCCCCCGCCGGCCAAAAAGCCCCGCAAAAGCACAGUUGAGAAACCCAAGGUGAAGGACAUCAUUGACGAGAGGACGCGAGAGCGACUGGUUCAUGAAGUCAGACAAAAGUGCCGCAGUAUAGAAGACAUCUGUAUCUCCUGUGGAAGUCUCAACGUUAGCCUGGAGCACCCGCUGUUCGCUGGAGGAAUGUGCCAGAGCUGCAAGAACUGCUUCCUUGAAUGUGCGUACCAGUACGACGACGACGGCUACCAGUCGUACUGCACGAUCUGCUGCGGAGGACGGGAGGUGCUCAUGUGUGGAAACAAUAACUGCUGUCGGUGUUUCUGUGUGGAGUGCGUGGACCUCCUGGUUGGUCAGGGGGCGGCUCACGCUGCCAUCAAAGAGGACCCGUGGAACUGCUACAUGUGCGGUCAGAAAGGAGUGUUUGGUCUGUUGGAGCGUCGUACCGACUGGCCCAGUCGUCUCCAGCUCUUCUUUGCAAAUAACCACGACCAGGAUUUUCAACCCCCAAAGAUUUACCCCCCAGUCAUGGUGGAGAUGAGGAAACCCAUCCGUGUGCUGUCACUAUUUGAUGGCAUAGCAACAGGGCUACUGGUGCUUAAAGAUCUUGGCAUUCAGGUGGACCGCUACGUGGCUUCUGAAGUGUGUGAAGACUCCAUUACUGUGGGCAUCGUUCGGCAUCAGGGUCGUAUCAUGUAUGUUGGCGACGUGAGGAACGUCACACGCAAACAUAUACAUGAGUGGGGUCCUUUUGACCUAGUUAUUGGAGGAAGUCCAUGCAAUGAUCUGUCUAUAGUCAACCCUGCCAGGAAAGGUCUUUAUGAGGGCACCGGUCGCCUGUUCUUUGAGUUUUACAGGCUGCUUCACGAGGCCCGGCCGAAGGAAGGAGAACACCGGCCUUUCUUCUGGCUCUUUGAGAAUGUGGUUGCCAUGGGCGUCAGCGAUAAGAGGGACAUCUCUCGCUUUUUAGAGUGUAACCCGGUGAUGAUCGAUGCCAAGGAAGUGUCUGCUGCCCACCGUGCCCGUUACUUCUGGGGUAACCUUCCUGGCAUGAACAGGUUGGUGUGUGAAUGGCCUUUGACGGCGAUGUGUUCUGACAAACUGGACCUUCAGGACUGUUUAGAACACGGCAGGACGGCCAAGUUCGGUAAGGUCAGGACCAUCACCACCAGGUCUAACUCCAUCAAACAGGGCAAGGACCAGCACUUCCCAGUCUACAUGAACGAGAAGGAGGACAUUCUGUGGUGCACGGAGAUGGAGAGGAUCUUCGGUUUUCCGGUCCACUAUACGGACGUGUCCAACAUGAGCCGGCUGGCGAGACAGAGGCUCCUGGGCAGGUCGUGGAGCGUCCCUGUUAUCCGUCACCUCUUUGCACCACUCAAAGAAUACUUUGCCUGUGUUUGAGGAAACACAAGCGUGAAAAUAGAGAAACUCGCUCGGAACCAUUCAGUUCUACAACUGUACGUUGUGACUAGAAAUAAGAGCCUUGAUCCUCAGAUUAUACCCUGGUAUAAUUUGCAAGUGAAAAGAAAAACACACAUUGACGUAGAUUUCACAUUAUUACUUGUAUUUGAAUUUUUAAUUCUUAUUCUAUUUAAUUUUUUUUUUUUUUGAUAUGUCAUUUUACCUUUUUAGCAGUGUUAUCAAGUGUUGUUGAUUUGUUUGUGCAAGCUAUACUUGAGACUAUGCUUUCUUCAAUAGACACUGAGACAGAAGGGGGGGGGUGUUGUAGGAGAGGGUGAGUGGACACAGGUAGACAGCAGGGAUGUCUCGAUCCUGAUCUUAUGAACCGACUCUUCCUCCACUUCAUGUACUACUUACAUUAACUCCAGUCAUUCAGGAGGUGCUAGUUUUCUACACUUAACCUCAAUCUUAGCCCCUGCCCUGAAAUACUUAAAUUGCUCCAAAUCAGACAGACAUUUAUCCCCAACCUGGAGUUGUCAUUUUGACCUGUUCCAGAUGAAAACAAGUCAAACAAAAAGGUCGAGUUUUGCUGUUCCUGCCAGACCAUAAUAAUAACACCAAGUGUUGAAGUGGCACAUUUGGAGGGUGAGGUCAGGAAUUAUUGUGUGGUGAUUUUCUUACAUGAUGGUCAGGAAGUCAGUUGCCAUUGAAGAGCAGCUUCUUUUUUGACUAUUAACGCCUCUGUGCCUGCACAUAGAGACUCAAUCCAGUGACUGGCACAGCAAACAGAAUUGUGUGACCAACAAAGUAAUAAAAGUCGAUUAGCAAAAUAGCUGGUCACAGUAAUUGGUUCAAAGAAGUAAGAAGAUGUCUGAUGUCGGCAGAUAUAGGUAUUUCGUCUUGAUCUAGAAGUACAGGGUUCGGAUCAGGAUCAGCAGCCAGUGAACCUGAUCGGGACAUCCCUGGUAGAAAACAUUUGGUGCGAGACACCUUUUGAGGAACAUCAGGAGCUGCUCACUUCCCAACGUCAGUGCAGCUCAGGGGAGACCAAAGGGGUCUUCAGUGUCAGGAGAGCCGUGUCUCUUAGAAUCCAAAACACCAGAUCACAAAUACCUCUUUGUUUACAGUUUCUAUACACAACCGAAGGUAAUAUAAGGUACUACUGUAAUAUGGUUACAAUACCAUGGUGCUCCGAAAUGAUGAGAAACAUCACGACCCAUGUGGCACUACGACUUUAGACAACACGGAGCGUUUUUGAAACUGUUGCUGAAACACAAAUACUUGAUCUUUUUACUCCUAGUGGUGAAAGAAAAAAAAAAACAAAGUUCAACUGCUCUGUGCCCUCUUUGUUCACUUCAGAGGAAGAAGUGACCCACGGUCGACUGCAAAAACUUGACAUAUCCUUGUUUUUCCUGCAGUUGCUGCAGCUUUUAUACCCUUUGUACUGGUGCUCGUUCUAAUCUCUCAGCCUUGCUACGCCCAGGCCGCGCCGCCUGGAUCUGCACAAACAGAGAGUGAAGCUACAGCCACAUGGGGAAUGAUGUUUUUUCUGUCAUUCAAAUAGAAAAAAAAAAAAACGUAGACUCAACAUCUGUGGUGAGCUACUUUUUUUCUAGUUUCAUCCUGACCAAGGACAUUACUGUACAACUGUUAGUGAGGGUGGAGAAGUUGGAGGAGAUAAUGUGACCAGGUCUCCUCCUCCUCCUCCUCUUCCUCCAUCGUUUUAAACUGUAAAAAAAACUGUCAGGUGCAAAUCCUCAAUAAUAUGGUGCGGCUUCACAAAGUUCUACCUUUUUUAUAGCAAUUUUGUGCUGUUUUAUCAACAUUUUUAAGCACUUUUUUAUAUGUACACUUUUUCCUUUUUUUUCUUGACCUUUUUUUAAAAAGUAUUGGUUCUUGUGAAUUUUUUGGUUGUUGAUGAUGUGAACUGAUCUACCCUGGUGUAAUACAUUUUGUAUUCAGUAGGGCUGUGCCAAUAGAAGUAAAAAGGAUCGAUUUUUGAUAUGUGAAACCCACAUUCUAACCCCGCACUCCCACGCACCGUAGUUUGUAUUUACUGAGCAACGCAUUUUGUUACCAUCUUAGACUCUACAUAAGAAAUGGAUGUUGGCAUUUGGUUGCACAUGUGAAGUAGAAAGUGAGUGAAAGAAGCAGGCAGCCACUAGAGGGCAUCUUAGCUGGUGUCAAAAGUGAAUUUGUUUUAUUAUUUUCAUAUCACUAAUGAAGGACUUUACUUCACAAGUCUUUCUUUAAAUCCACCACCAGGUGUCGUAGCAGCUAAUGCUGUUCAUCACAACAUUAUGGUCGCCUAUUCAAGACCAAUAGGGGGAGAUAGAGCACAAUAUGUUGGGUGAAGUGAACCAACACCAAAAAGAAGGAAAAAUAGCAUACAUUUAGCCAUAAUGUGCAGCUGUUUGAUAUUUAUUUUUUCUUCAGUGCUGUGACCAAAACCAGAUCACGCCACCUACUGGUCUGAGGCACUUACUGUUAGAACAUAUGAUUGACUACUGCACUAUCAAAUCCAGUUAGCGAAAACACGUCUGGCAGAUGUCAGUGUAUUCAGACAGCUAACGGCUACAUCCAUUUCUAAUACAAUGGUUUCAACUUUAACUCAGUUCUAUUAACGUUGUCAAACAUUAACAGCAUCACCUGCUUUGUGAUAAAAAUCUCUCCUAAAAACAGUUACAUUUCCCUUUAGUAAAAAUCCCAGAUGCCGUGUUGUCAAAUUUCCACCACCUGAUCCAGAUCUGGAUUACAGUACGCUCAGAAAAUGACAGAUUAUUGAUUGUAAACCUCCGAUGCUAAGUGUGGAGGGUUUACAGUUUGUCAAAACGAAAAACUGACGCAGUGUUUGACAAAGUCGUCAGCACUCAAAGAGUUAAGAGGAUAAUUAAAAAUAAAAAUAAAAAACAGAUGCUAUGGCUUAUCUAUUAUAUUUAAGACGAAAAAUACAUUUAAUUUGUUAAUGUAAUUAGUUUCUUAAGUGACCUUACUUAAUGCUAUGAUUUUUCUUGUCCAUGCACAUAAUUGUGAUUCUGACAUCCUGUCCUCAAUCCUAACACUCCUCGUUGUUUGUACACUUUGUACAUAGAGUUCUCCGCUUGCUGUUUUUUUCUAAACGUUUGAGAUGUACAAAUAUAAUUCUUUGCUAAUAUAUGCUAUCGCCAACCAAGAUAACAUAAAUAUAAAGUAAAAAGGAAGAAAAUCAAUUUGAUUCUAAACUGAUUUCGACAAUUAAAAAUGAAGAGACUCCAAGUCAACAUUAUUGGAUAAAAACAGCACAUUAGUGACCCCUAGCGAAAUCCCACACAUUUACAAUGUGAAUGCCUACAGAAAUGUAUAACAAUUGUUUUUGUCCAACCCCCAGAAAUGUAAGAAAACAUUAGAUAAUGUUGAAUUUUUUAAUAGAUAUAAAGUUGUCACAACACCUAGUGGUAACAACGAGCAGUACAUGAUGUCCUGUAUCAAGAUUCCUGAGUUAUAUUUUUGUGUUCUUGCAAAACAACUGCAUUGAAAGUGUUUUGUUAGCAUUUGGCACAAAAAUGACUAAUCAGCGACCCCUAUGUCAACAAUUUGUCCUUAACAUGCCACACUGAGUAGAAUUUUAAAUCAGAUCACAUAAACCCACUGCUCCAUGAUUCAGUACUUCAUCUCCAAAUUGUAUUCAAAUUGUCACCAGUGUGGUCUGUAGACCAUAAUUAAAAAAAAAAAAUUAAAAGUUUUAUAAUUUAAUUAUUUAUCAGUGAAAAGUCCAUAUCUUAAUGUCACAUGAUUUGAAGCUUUAAGAUGAACGGUCUCUACUUCACUGCACAGCCCUACGUGGUGUUUCAUUUCUGUUUGAUGCUGUUUUUUAUUUGUCAAAUUUCUCAGAACAUGAGGGACUGUAGGUGUUUUUCUGAUGGUGCUAGACGUUUUAUCUAAUCAAGAAAAAAAUAUAUUUGAUUGGACAACAAAUAAAACCUGUCUUGACAACAACUGUUUUUAUGUUCCUUGUCGUAAUGGGGGAAAGUACGUAUCAUUUCACUCAAUAUAAAUAUAUUAACAAAGGCAUUUUAACUUUGUACUUGAAAAAAGGAAAGAAAUAAUGGAAGGUUUCCUAUAUUGUUUUAGACUAGCAAUUGCUGUAGUUGGUGCUUAUCUGUGGGAAAAUCGUGUGAGAAAAAAAAUUGGUAACUCACUGUAGCAUAAUUUAUGCGUAUGACUCGCUUCCUUAAUCUUACAUUCCAUGUCGUAAUAUUCUCCAUGUCUGCUUUUCUGUUUUAAAAUGAAGCUUUGUUUUGUUUGUUAAUAUUUUUUUUGUGAAUCAGAACUAGCAUUUUCACUUCUUACUGUUCAAACAGGUCAAUAAUUUGAUGUCAGCUGGUGCCCUUGAUGCUCGAGGUGACUUCUUUUAUUUCUUUCAUUUUUGUCAUGACUGUUUUAUGGCUUCUACACUUUUUCCCCUCAACACCAGUUCGUACAGCAAAUGUAGCAGUCAUUACAAAAAUUUGAACUCCACAUACUUUUGUUUAGUGUCCAGAGAGAAGAUUAAAGGCUCCGUAUGUACUUGUGCUGGAGAACACUUGAAUAAAUGUAUUGUUUUUGUGCAAAAAAAA